AUGUUGGCCCAAGAUAACGAGAACAAGGAAGAGGUAGCCGUCUACUACCUCAGCAAAAGGAUGACCGGUUAUGAGUUGAACUAUUCUUCCGUGGAAAAAGUCUGUUGGGCACUAGCCUGGGUAAUGAAAAGGUUGCGCCACUACAUGCAAGCCCACCCAAUCAAGCUAGUGUCAAGACUCGAUCCCAUUCGUUUCUUGUUUCAAAGAACUCUUCUUUCGCCGCGUCUUGCUAAAUGGAUGAUGAUGAUUUCAAAAUAUGGCAUCACAUAUACCAUGCAAAAGUCAAUCAAGAGGAGUAUAGUGGCUGAUUUCCUAGAUGAUCAACCAAUCACCAUUGAUGACGAUGAUGAAGAGAUGGUCUUCCCAGAUGAUGAGAUUAUGAAUGUUCAAUCCGAAGCGUGGAAGUUGAUGUUUGAUGGCGCGUUGGGAAAACAAGGUUAUGACAUUGGUAUCCUUUUGAUCGAUCCUGCUGGCACGUAUAAUCCUACUUCUGUUAAGUUGAGUUAUAGUGUCACCAACAACGAAGCUGAGUACGAAGCAUGCAUUGCUGGGAUCAAGUUAGCCAGCGAGAAGAGGAUUAACAGAUUUGAGGUUAUUGGAGACUCGAAUCUUGUAAUCUCACAAGCCAACGGAGAUUGUCAGGUCAAAGACGACAAUCUUAAACCUUAUCAUUCUUUCCUUAUGCGUUUAAUCGCCAAGUUCGAAAGCAUUGUUUUCAUCCAUGAUCCAAGGAGUCAGAAUCGUUUCGAUGACGCCCUUAAAACUCUCGCGGCAAUGACUCAGAUUCCCGAAGGAAUCAAGAUCAAGCCACUCAAAAUCCAACAGAGGUGCAAUCGCAUUUAUGAGAAACUAGUGGUUGCUAACACUAAUUCAUAUAUCGAAAAUGGAGAAUAUCCUGCCCACUUUCAGAAGAAAGAGCGUCGCGCUCUCCGUCAGUUUGCUACUAGCUAUGUGGUUGUGGCAGGAUAUCUCUAUCGACGAUCUUUUGAUGGACAAAACAUUCUUUGUGUAGAUCAGACGGAAUCUACCACCAUCAUGGAAGAAGUGCAUGCUGAGAAUUGCGGUUCCCACAUGAAUGGCAUGGGUCUUGCUAAGAAACAUACUCCCGCUUCUCUCCUCUAUAACAUUACUUCUCCAUGGCCAUUUUCUACAUGGGGAAUUGAUAUCAUUGGGAAAAUCUACCCCCAUGCGUCCAAUGACCAUGAAUUCAUAUUGGUCGCUAUCGAUUAUUUUACCAAGUGGGUUGAGGCUUCUUCAUUCAAAAUCCUCAAAUCCUCCCACGUGGCAAAGUUCAUUCGCAAUAAUAUCAUUAGUGGAUACGGGGUUCCCCAUUCGAUGAUUUCUGAUAAUGGACGACAAUUUCAAGGUAAUGUGCUCGAACUUUUAAGAGAAUUCAAAAUCGAGCAUCAUAAGUCUUCACCAUAUCGACCGCAAACCAACGGGGCAAUCGAUGCUGCUAACAAGAAUGUGAUCUCAAUCUUGAAGAAAACCACACAAACAUAUAGGGAUUGGCAUGAGAAGCUUCCCUAUGCUAUGUGGGGUUAUCGAACCACUGCUCGGACUUCUACAGGCGAAACUCCUUAUUCGUUGGGAUAUGGCAUGGAGGCAGUUCAACCCAUUGAGUUGGAGUUGCCUACUCUCAGGGUUCUUUUGGAGAGCCACGUCAUCGAAGAAGAUUGGUUGAAGUCCAGAUACGAUCAACUAUCACUCAUGGAGGAUCGGAGGCUAGAUGCCCUAUGCAAGACACAAGCUUAUCAACAACACAUGGCAAGGGCGUUCAACAAGAAGGUCAAGCCUAGGCAUCUUGUUGUAGGAGACCUUGUUCUUAGAAAGACCCGAGAGCUGCAGGACCCUAGAAGAAAAUUCCAACCGCCAUGGGAGGGACCUUUCAUCAUCAAGCAGAUCUUUUCAGGUGGAGCUGUUCGCCUCGCCACUCUCGAUGUCGGGAAGGCGAUUGUUUUCUUCAUUGUCGUUCAACAAAGAAAAGCCAUGCUCUGGUCUGCUCUCGCAGCCGGGGUGGCGAUUGUUUUCAUCGCUUCUAUUCAUUGGAGAAAACCCCUGAUCCAAUCUGCUCUCGCAGUUGGGGAGGUUUUUACUUGUGAACUUUCACAUGAAGAGAAUUCACACGAGAUCGACUGUGAAAAAGAUGGCUCAUGCCAAUCUAUUGUUGAAUCUGAGCAUGACAAGACGCUUUCUUCUCAAAAUUCCUAUGUACGCCACGAGGAUUGUUGCAUGGCUCAUACCUCUGGUUUCUUCACAUGUGAAUGGGCUAAACGAGAAAAAAUUAAUGAGGAACAUUGUCAGAUUGAGGCAUCGGUUCUGUACACCGAUGCCAUUUAUACUUCAGAAUCUGAUUGCAGUUGGGGCUAUUGCUUUGGACGUCAGGAAGUGAUCCUGGUGUGCAUACGAGUUUCUGGUGAUUCAAUGGAUGGUCAUGGCAAGAUCUGUCUCGACCUGGAAAUCAUACGAAGACUAGACGAUGUUCGAUUGAUUCGCUGCUUUGAAGAGCAGUUGAUCUUCUUCUUCGCGAGGAUGAGUUUUAGUUGGAUCCUUAUGGCAAGCUGCAGCGGGAAGGAGGCGGAGAUUCGACGAGUAGGACGGACCGUCGCGAUGUCGUCUUCGAGCGAGGAUUGGUCGCAGGCGUAG